CAGCAGGACUCAAGCUGUACCCUGUGAGUGGCAUAACCUGUUUGCCUGACGAAGCUUUCCGUUUAAAUUGCUAAUCAUGAGCAACGUAGCCACAGUCACCCAGCUACUACGACGACCCCACUAUCACGCGAACCUCAAUUGCCAGCGACGACUCCUUCGACCCAAAACAGCUCCGCGCCCCUGGUAAAUCAAAGGUGUAUGCUAGCCUGCAUACAAGAACCCGACUACUCUCACAUCCUCAUCUCAUACGCACAUCAACAUGUGGGGCUGGUUCGGCGGCGGCGGCGCGGCCCAGAAGCGCAAGGACAGCCCCAAGAAUGCCAUCCUGGGUCUGCGUUCGCAGCUCGAUAUGCUCCAGAAGCGCGAGAAGUACCUACAGUCGCAAAUCGAUGAGCAAGAGAAUAUUGCGCGGAAGAAUGUCAACACAAAUAAAACGGUCGCCAAAGCGGCGCUGAGACGCAAGAAGACACACGAGCACUCGAUCGAGCAGACCAUUGCACAGAUUGGAACCCUGGAGCAGCAGAUCAACUCGAUCGAAUCCGCCAACAUCAACAGGGAGACACUCGCCGCGAUGCAGAAGGCCGGUGAUGCGAUGAAACAAAUCCACGGCAAACUCACCCCCGAGAAGGUCGACGAGACAAUGGAAGUACUGCGCGACCAGAACGCGCUCAGCGAAGAGAUUGUGGGAGCCAUUGUCGGCAAUCAAUUCGGGGAGGGUGUCGACGAAGCAGACCUCGAAGAGGAUUUGGAGCGCUUGCAACAGGAGGCUGUGGACGAGCAAAUGCUCAAGGCUGGUACCGUACCCAGCGCCGACGCUGUGAAUCGGCUUCCCUCGCCGGCUCAACAAGAGCCUGUGUCAAACAGGAAACAAGCAGUGGUGGAUGACGAAGAGGCUGAGCUGGAGAAGCUCCGCGCUGAGAUGGCCAUGUGAAGCAACCCCCACCAUAUCUCUCGAUACUCGAGCGACCCGCAAGCGAAGCAUGGGCCGUGCACCGAGUUCUGGUGCACGCCCAUUCCACUUAUGUCAUUUCGUGUUGUUCCGUGGCGUUGGCGUAUUCGUGUUUCAGCCUUGAUGCUUCAAUGAGUGGGCGGCUGGGGGAGAUGCCCGAUGGGUGGAUGUGAUGCGGUACGUGUGAUGUCUGGGCGGUCUUUUCUCUUCAAUGUUUAUUUCACGGUAGAGACAUUUUAGAUACUUACAAACAACGAGGAAUACCUGGAAAUGCGGGCCACGAGGAGUUCCAUCCGUCAAUCCC